AUGGAAGGAAUGGGAAAUAGAGAGGUUCCAAAUGAAGGAAAGUCCAUUUACUAUGGAAGCAGAAUUCCAGAGGGCAUUGGGGAAGAUGUGGACGAGGUUGAAAUAGGACAUGAGUUGGAUCAGGGGCAAAGGCUCUAUGCCCCUGACCUAGUUAUAGCAUUGUCCAGUGCCGAGGUAACCUUGAAGUACAGAUACAGUCUGGAUUAUGAGGAGAAGAUCCCUUGGGCGUCACCGGCACCCAGAACGGAAUUGUUAGUCAUGUCUGAGGAAAUUUUUGCCAUGGCUUGCAACGGUUUAUUAAGGGAUGAGUUUAUUGUGGGAGAGAAAUAUAGGUUAAUGAGAAAAAUUGGGUCCGGUGCUUUCGGAGAAAUCUUUUUGGCAACCAAUAUACAAACAGGCCAAGAUGUAGCCGUGAAACUUGAAUCUCAGAAUAACAAGCACCCGCAGUUGUUGUAUGAGAGUAAGGUGUAUAUGAUCCUUCAGGAUGGGGUGGGCAUCCCCAACGUUCGCUGGUUUGGGCAAGAGAAAAAUUACAAUGCUCUCGUUAUGGAUUUACUGGGGCCCAGUUUAGAAGACCUUUUUAAUUACUGCUCUCGUAAAUUCAGUUUGAAGACCGUCCUGAUGUUAGCUGACCAGAUGAUUACCAGACUGGAAUACUUGCAUAGUAAGAAUUUCAUACAUAGAGACAUCAAACCUGAUAACUUCCUGAUGGGUAUGGGCCGCCAUCGCAAUAAGGUAUUUCUCAUUGAUUUUGGUUUAGCCAAAAAAUAUAGAGAUGCUAAUACCAAAGAGCAUAUCCAAUACCGGGAAGAUAAAAAUCUAACUGGCACUGCUAGGUAUGCCAGCAUUAAUGCCCACCUUGGAAUAGAGCAGAGCCGCAGAGAUGAUCUCGAGUCUCUUGGGUAUGUGCUAAUGUAUUUCAACAUGACAAACCUUCCCUGGCAAGGUUUGAGGGGGGCAGCAAACAAGAUGCAGAAAUACGAAAAGAUUAGUGAAAAAAAGAUGGCCACCCCUGUGGAAGUCUUGUGCCAGGGCUUUCCACCAGAAUUUGCUGCAUACUUAAAUUACUGCCGCGCUUUGCGCUUUGAGGAGACCCCAGAUUAUUCGUAUCUGAGACAACUAUUCAGAGUCCUUUUCAGAUCACUGCCCCAGCCACACCAGCAGGGUGAUUAUACUUUUGACUGGACCAUUCUGAAGCACAGAGCACAGAUGGCAGGUCUUCCUGCUGGGCUGUUUGGUUCUGAACUUCACGUGGACAAGGUUGCAUCUUACCCAUAUCUCUGUCACCUGAAACACUUGGCACUGCGUGUGGACCACAUUGGCUCCUAG